UUUUUUUGCUCUCUCCCACCCUUUAAUUGUAUUUGUCAACUCCAGAGCACAGGUCUGCUUUCUUUGGGACACACUUUAUUUAUUAACCUUGGCAAGUUAAGCUAUUUGAUCCUGUUUAGGACACAGCAAGUCCCUCUUUUAUGAGGGUAGAGAUGCAUUGGAAAGGUGUUAAAGACCAGUAACCAUGAAUUAAAAUACAGUGGCUUGUUUACUGCUUGGCAAAAUGGGGACCGGUACAAGGCUAAUUCUUGGGGUGGUUAACUUGCUGCUCUAUCUCCGGCUGUGUGCGAGCGCAGAGCAUUGUCCUGGUGAAAUAAUGCCUCCAGAAUUGGAAGGUCCGGAGUCUGGGUCUGUCUAUAUAUCUCCAAAUGAUGUAUUUUUUAUGUCAUCUGUUGUACAUUCCUUUUUAAGCACUGUCCAACCCAACCCUUUUCCCAAAGAUCUUUUCAUUCAACUUCUGAACUCUACGGACAUCACAAGCAAAACAACAAUAACUCAAGUACUGCGAUAUGAGUUGGGAUUUCUGGUAUGUGUGGCCAUUGGAAUUCUGUACAUCCUCCUCAUGCCCUUAAUUGGCCUGUGUUUCGCUUGCUGCCGUUGUUGUGGGAACUGUGGUGGAUACAUGUACCAAAAGCAGACCAAGAGCAUCAACUGCAGACGACGAUGCUUUUACUGGAUCACUUUUCUAAUCACCAUCUUUAUCCUGGCAGGGAAUGUUUGUAUGUUCUUAAGCAAUACCUACACCCAUGAGAACAUGAGCACUGCUCCAGGUGAAUUCAAUAAUUCCUUAAAAAAUCUCCAAAGCUACGUCAACACUAUUCCUAAGCAAAUAGACCAAGUGCUGAAUGAGAGCUUUGUAAUUGUGGAUAAUGUCACAUAUAACAUUAAAGAAAUUGGCCCUUUGCUAGGCAGUGACAUCCAAAGAGGACUAGAAGGCGUAAUUAUCCCGGCUCUGGACUCUGCUGCAGGAAUGGCACAAAUUCAUCAAAACACCAGCUUGUUGCUGUACACCUUGAAUGCAACUCAGAAGGACUUGGAUUUGCUAGAUUCAAACCUGACACGAGUAAAAAACCACAUCAACAUGACACUGCACAACCCAGGCUGCAAACAGUGUGCCCACUUGCAGUCUGAUCUGGACAGAUUGUCCCUGGGUGCGAGCAUUAAUUUAUCCAGCCUUAGUACGCUCCAGUCAGCUGUGGACCAGGCUAACGAGAUCGAUCUAAAUGCGCAGAUACAGAAAGGGAAAGACUUCUUAGAAAACAUUCCUGAAACAGUGACUAAUGCAACCACAGACAGUGUGCAAAAGGUUCAACAGGACCUUCAAACCAUAAAGAGGCAGAUCUCAGGGGUAACUAGAGAUAUUCCACUCGACCAACUGAAUGAAUUCUCCAACACACUGAGUGGUGUUCAAGAAGAUACCCAGAAGUACACACCCACCAUAGACAUGGCAGAGAGAAUCAGGUGGAUUAUUGCGAUCGUCCUGUGCUGUCUCAUUCUACUGGUGGUGGUGUGUAAUCUGCUGGGAUUGGUGUUUGGGCCAGCAGGACUGGCGCCUAGAAAGGAUCCAACUGAUCGCUCUAGCACGGCAAACUGUGGUGGUCUGUUCCUCAUGACGGGUGUGGGCUUCAGCUUUUUAUUCUCUUGGAUCUUCAUGAUUAUAGUUCUAAUACUUUUCGUUGUUGGGGGUAACAUGUAUACCCUCGUCUGUGUACCAUGGAAGUCCCAGGAACUCUUUCAGCUCAUUGACACUCCAGGAGUCAUUCCAGGGUUUCAGCUGUCUCAAAGCCUAGGAUUAACAACUAAGCUCACUAUCAGUGAUGUUUAUAAUGACUGCGAAAUAAACAAGUCUCUAUGGGACACCCUUCACCUGGAGGAAAUUAUUAACCUUAAUGACUAUCUUAAUGUCUCCAAAUACACAGGAAAUGUGCAGGAGGCACUUAAGAGCAGCAAUGUCACUUUACCCACCAUUGUUCUCCUCGAUUCUAAGACACAAAAGCAACUGAGAAGAUUUUCUGCUACAGCCAGCAGUGUGAACACAAGUAGCAUCAUGCAGCAGGAGAUUACACUGUCAGCUACAAAUCUUAGUUACUUUGCAGACAAGCUGGAUUCUUUGGCUAAUACCCAGUCUGGCACUGUAAGAACUGAACUAAAGAAUGAGGCAAAUGACCUGAGAUUCAUUCAGGAUCAGUUUAAUUCCAUCAUCAAGCCUCAGCUAAUGGUGUUACAUUCUGAAAUUGAGGGUUUCAGUCAAAUAGUGUCUCAUAUCAAUGGCACUGUGGAGAAUCUUUUGGAGAAACUAAAUUCUGCUCAGGAUUUUUUAAACAACAACACAACACAAACAGUGAAAUCAAAAUUGAUUGACUUUGUGGACUGUCAGAUUGGAGCCUUCACGACGCUUGCUGAAUGGGCCAACCAAACAAUUACUGAGCAGGUGGGACGCUGUGGACCUGUUGCUGUUACUGUCAACUCUGUGGAAAAUCUUCUUUGCUCACAGCUUGUGGACUCUCUGAAUGCCUUUUGGUUCAGUUUGGGCUGGUGCAUGGUCUUCCUCAUUCCCAGCAUUAUUUUCUCUGUGAAACUGGCCAAGUUCUACCGCCGCAUGAAGUACAGGGAUGAGUUUCUGAAUGACAUCAUGAUGAGUCCUAUCCCACGGGUUACUCUAAAACCACAGUGAAAGAGGAGAAAGAACAUUGACAGUACUGUAUAAGUCAUUGUUGCCACAUUAAAGAAGCCUGAUGCAACCUGAGAAAAUGUAAACUGGAUGCUGAGUUUAAAGCUCAUAGCCUGGAAAUCUUCUGCAUUUGUCUAAAAGGGUAAAAAAUCAUGAUAUUUAAAAUGUGCACAUUCCAGACAUGCUAUAGAGACUUUACUAUAAGUGAGAUCUCCUGCGACAUAAUUGAGUGCAUGCGACCUUUUACACCGAGGCUUUUGAGUUAUUUUGGAUCGCUGCUUUGUACUUGCACUUUGUCCCACACUGAUUAUGUACAUAUCUGGAAUGCAUAUUGAUGACUUUUUUAUUUUAUUUUAUUGUUAAUAUUUUUUAUGAAACAAUUAAUGAUAUGUGGUAGCCAGAAUGAAGGCAUUGCUUUAUGUAGUAAUAUUACAUGUUGAUUUUAAAUGUGCUGUCUUUAAUAAACUUCUUGCA